AUGAUGGUUUCCUCUGAUGUUCAAGAUGACCCAAAGGCCUUGGAUAUGAAAUCUCUCUCCAAGGAUGCCACUGAUGUAGAAAGCGUUGCUGUAUCUGACAGCAACAAUGCGGUCGGGGAAAGUCAACUUCCUGGACUGGCAGACUUGGAUGGCAUCCAACGUAGCUGGAGCCUUCAAAAUCUCGUCAUCAUAUGGGUAUCGGCUUUGCUCAUAAGCUUCGCCAUCAACCUGAACAAUCAAACCUCGGGCUCCUUUGCCUCAUAUGCCACGAGCAACUUUGCCUCUGCAUCACUGUUGGGGACGGUCACUGUGGUCCAGGCGGUGGCAUCAACAGUCGCGUUACAACCUCUCGCAAGGCUUGCCGAUGUUUAUGGGCGAUUUGAAAUGCUAUCGGUUUCUGUUUUGCUAUUGACUAUCGGAGAAAUCAUGAUAGCAUCAUCCCAUAGCGUUAGUGUCUAUGCUGGGGCUCAAGUCUUGUGGGCUUUUGGAUAUAUUGGAAUCUCCUUGAUGCUUCAAAUCCUGGCGGGAGACACUAGCGAUCUUCAUAAUCGUGCCCUCAUAAAUGCUAUACCACUCGCCCCUUCACUUAUUACAUGCUGGAUUUCUGGCCCCGUUGCAUCCGGGCUCAUCAAUAUCACAUGGAGAUGGGGGUUUGGGAUCUUUGCUAUUAUCAUACCCGCAAUUUCAAUUCCUCUACUGGCGUCUCUGUUCCACAACAAAAAAAAGGGCUCAAAAUUAAGAAAAGCGGAGGGCACAUAUCAGCCUCGGAAUCACGUCCAAAAUUUCAUCCAGCUUGAUCCUUUAGGUCUACUCCUGUUCGGGGCAGGCCUUGCUCUUGUGCUAAUACCAAUAUCACUGGCGCCUUCUAACGAAAAUAACUGGAAAAACACCGACACUAUUGUAGAACUCGUCAUUGGCAGUCUCUGUUUAGUUGCCUUUGUUGUUUGGGAGUUGAUGUGGGCACGCUACCCUAUCUUGUCCAUGGGUGUUCUCAAAAGCCGAACGGUCGUCUUCGGUUUGAUAGCUAUGGUAAUCAACUACACCGGCCUUUACAUCCUCCAGAGCUACCUCCUCUUGUAUCAAAUGAUUGCCGCCAAUUUAUCAGUAAACGCAGCUACGAACAUUUAUAUUCUUAUACCAUUCUCAGGAUCAUUGGGUCAAAUCGGAGCCGGUUUGGUGGUCAAAUAUCUCAAAAGAUACAAGUGGGUUGUCGUUUCUGGAUAUGGAAUCAUCGUGCUUGGAAUGGGUCUCACCUACAAAUAUAUCAACGGACACGGACAAAUGCCCCAGCUAGUUGUCUCCCAGCUCAUCUUAGGAAUCGGCGAAGGAAUCGUCAUGACCACUCAAUUCGGAGUGCAAGCCUCCAUCAGCCAAUCUGACAUGGCGGCAGGGACGGCCUUUUACACAAUGUCUAUCGCGGUUGGAAACGCCAUUGGUGCGGCAAUAGCUGGAGGAAUGUGGACAAGUGAGAGCCUAAAAUAUAGAUUGCAGGAGUCGCAGAUCGUACUGACGGAAUUAUUUCUCCUUCUAGCCUUACUGCCUCGGAAACUUCGUGCCAAUCUUCCAACGGAGGAUGUUAGCUAUGUGGAGGAAAUCGAAGGCUCUAUUACGGCAGCACUAGCAUUUCCAUGGGGCACGUCAACCCGUGAUGCUAUCAACGAGUCGUUUACCAGCACUUUCCGCACUAUGCUAUUAGUAUCGCUGAUUCUUGUAGCUGUUGCAUUAUUAUGUUCACUUCUACUGCAGAAUCACAAUAUUCGAGAGGUGGAUAACAGCAGAGAAUACAAGGGUAUAGUUAUUGGCAAGACUAGAGCGGUCGAUAUCCUGAAGGAGAAGGUUCACGUCGGGCAUGAUGGAAAGCCUUCUGUAGAAAAUGGGAGCUACUAG